AUGUACGGCCUUCCAGAACCCGUGGCCGAGAGUGAGCGUGUGGCGAUGUACGACUCCAUGCAGUAUUUUCUGAACAACGACGCGGAACGACAAGAUGAUCUCCUUAGGUAUCUUCAGGACCGAGAUCCUGCGAUCUGGCGAAAGAUCCGAGACAACGUGCCAUACGGCCCACAAGAUUUGUCAGAUGAGACCGUCCGAGCUAUCAGCCAAAUCGUCUACAGACAUGAUACCGCCAAAGACGUCCAACUUGAUGUGCCCCAGGAGCAAAUGACACAGAAGAUGAUGGAUUUCAACGAUACCUACAUUGUGAAGCUAACAGAGGCCAAGUCUGCUGAGUUGCAAGGCCUUAUCAGCUCCGUGGUCCCGAGAAUUGCGCUCAAUCCUAAGGGAGCACAGAUGAAGCCCAGUUCCUUGCCAGAAAACGUGCAGCUCAUGAUCCAUCGAUACCUUCGGAAGCACCUACCUGAGGAGGUCAAGCAACAGAUCAAGAAGGAAGAAGCCGAUCACGAUGGCGAUGUGGACAUGACCGACGCUGCAUCCCCGACCCCGUCCGAGAUAGAAGUCAAGGAGUUUCUGGAGUAUUGGGAAUACCUAGAGGAGAGGGAAAGACUCAUCAAGCUCGGGGAGCACGAGAAGGCCAAGAAGCUCGAGGAGAGCGAGGAGAUCAAGAACCUGGUGCAGCGCCUGAAUGGCACUUGA